GCAUUUGUUCUGAACAAGCGACAUCACUGUGCAUCAAGCUAAGUGCUGUGGGCCGACUUCCUGGCAUGAUAUGCGCUAUGCACCGCCAGCAAAUGGUGCUCGCAGAGUCGCAGAGACUAUUCAGGGGCUUAGCUUGUGCAAAGGCUUUUCGGAAUCACCUGUGGACUAUUCCGGAUCACUUGUCAAGUUAUAAGUGAUGUACUAGAUAAACAAUUACUAAACGCCUUCUUUCUGGCAGUUCUUUCUGGAGAUCUGCAUGCUCUCAUUGCCGUUGUGAGACGGUCCUACACGAUGUGUUUUGCUAGAUGAUGUGGAUGGGCUCUGUACAAGACUACAAGACUCUUUUCGUUUCUUCUUUUUGUUGUUCGAAGACUAUAAGACUCUGGAUAUGGGAAUGACCAAACUUCUGGUGCAGGGUAUUGACACUAGUUAAAGUUGUUAAGCCCAUAGCCCAUAGGCACAAGUGUUGCCCAGUUUGGAUCAUGAAUGUGGGUGAUAGUUCCAGAACAGUCUGUAGUCUAACUAGUUUCAUUUUCUGUUUGGGAGAAGGUGGUGUGUGUACCUUCCCCCUGUCUGAAUGGUACACAGGUUUACAGACAUGUAAGUGUUGAUAAACAGAUCAUGAGUUUGAACCCUAGUAAUACAGUAAUACUAGGCGUUAAUCCCCUCGUUAAGAAAAGGUGGUGUAGGAGGAGUGAAGAAGGUAGGGCAACACACACACACACACACACACACACACACACACACACACACACACACACACACACACACACACACACACACACACACACACAGAGAGAGGGAGGGAGGGAGGCAAAGAGAAAGAGAGACAGGAGAGGGGAUUUUGUCUCCAGAUCACACACUCUUGACUUCUGCACACCGAGGCUGGAUUUGUGAAUGAUGACUAGGUCACUGAUUGGAGGGGCUUCGUCCGCAUGUAGUUCCUCCAGGCUGGCAAUGGCCUGCAAGCACGUCAUUCGCAGAGAGCUGAUGAGAGUGCAUGCUCAUAUGUCCAGGGCUCAUGCCGUAGCUGUAAACAAGCGCCUCUCAACCAUGAAGCGGGAUCUGAAGGUUAAUGGUGUGCCAUCCAGUUGUGGCUGUCUUUGUGCGAAAUGCCCGGUUGAAGUGAAGACCAUACCGUAUUCCUCAGGUAAGAUUACCUGGUACUCACUCAUGACAGCUCGAGUUACAAAUAUGACGGCUGCACAGAAGACAGUGCCUCCGGAGUCGAUGGGAUCGCUUCACUCCUUAGCAGCACAUAUGCACUCAUCUUCAGAUCUCCGUGCUUCUGCGGAUCGUUCUCAGGGGAGAAAGGACAUUAAGAAUGGGGACAAGUGCAGGGCUGCUCAGGCCCAAGGCAUGCACAAAACUCGUGCUGAUAUCCAGAGAGGGAGAGUGAUGGCUGCUGCAGCUCCCACCGCAGAGAACGUACAAAGCAGAACGGGCUCGUCAAGGUCUCGGUUGAAGUGCCCGGGCUGUGGGAUCACAAUGCAAGAUCAAGAUCCAUUGAUGCCUGGGUAUUUCAGACGGCCUGUUCUUCCUCCCGAAGAGCCUCUAAAUGCUGUAGAUGAGAAUGAGGAACUUGAAGAACAUGAAAUAGUAGAAGGGGAGGAGGAGGAGGAGGAGGAGGAGGAGGAGAAUGCAAGCAAUUUGCAGAAAGGGGUUGAUGAUGUCCCAGAUUGGCCCAGCAGCAACUAUGAUGUCGAGGGAUUGGAUACCUCCGAGCAGACCCCAAGUUCAAUAGAUGUCUGGAACCAGAUGUGGGAGGAUUAUGUGGGAGACGAUGCAAGAGGAAGGCAGGGGCGAGCAGCUUCUGAGAAAAGGCAAGGGCAGAAGAAGGGGAAAGAGAAGGAUGGGAAGGAAAAGGAGAAGGUAGUUGUGUGUGCCCGAUGUCAUUCUCUUAGGAACUAUGGAGAGGUUAAGGAGAAAAGAGUUGAGAAUCUGCUUCCCGAUUUUGACUUUGAGAGGGUGGUUGGAACACGGUUGAAGCGAGCUUGGGGCAGAAGGGCGGUUGUUGUGAUGGUAAUUGAUGUGGCAGAUUUUGAUGGGUCUUUGCCUCGGAAGAUUGUGCGCUUUUUGGCAGAAGCUGAAGCAGAGAUCCUGGGUGGAGCACAGGGUAGUAGGAGGGAUGGGCGGAAGACAGAAGAGGCCAUGUGGAGAAGAGGGGACCCUGGAAAUAUCCCACGGUUAAUCAUUGUUGCCAAUAAGGUUGACUUGCUUCCAAGGACUGUGCCUGCGGUAAGGUUGGAGAAGUGGGUGCGGCAGCGGUCACGGGCCGGUGGAGCACCACAUAUUAGCGCAGUACAUCUAGUAAGGUGGAUGUGUAUCUCGAAAUUGGCCAGGGUCAUAACAUUGGUAUCAGAGCGGAUUCUACUUGCUGAUUCGGCCGUAUCUAUACGUGACCUGCGACCGGACCUAGGUGAUCCCUUCACUGAUCCUCCACCCCCACCGGUCCCACCAGACAUCCAAAACCUACUCGAUCGGUUUCCAGAAGUGCUGACCGAGCCACGUGGAGUCCCCACGCGACCGGUCCGACACACCAUCGAGUUGGUCGAGGGUGCUGUUCCUCCAAAGGGCUGCGUGUACCGUAUGGGACCCGGCGAGUUGGAGGAACUCCGGCGACAAAUCGAUGAGAUGAUUGACAAAGGGUGGAUCAAACCAAGUGAAUCUGAACUUGGUGCUCCCGUUUUGUUUGUGCAUAAAAAGGGAGGCAAACUCCGCAUGCGUAUUGAUUACCGCGGUCUAAACCGCAUCACAAGAAAGAACGCCUACCCUUUGCCCCACAUAAAUGACCUGCUUGACGGCGCAGGUGGGUGCAAGGUCUUUUCCAAGAUCGAUCUCAAGUCUGGCUACCACCAGAUUGAAGUCGAUCCUGCGGACCAGCACAAGACUACGUUCAAAACACGCGACGGACUUUAUGAGUUCACCGUAAUGCCCUUCGGUCUCACGAACGCACCAGCCACUUUCCAAAGCCUCAUGGACAAGGUCCUCUGCGAACAGAUUGGCCGGUUUGUGGUAGUGUACCUGGAUGAUAUUCUGAUCUUCAGCAAGUCCAUAGAGGAACACCUCAAGCAUCUUGAGGAGGUGCUCGCUAUCCUCAAGAAGACGCAACUCCAUCUCAACUUGGAGAAAUCUGAGUUUGGGAAGAAUAGUGUCAUCUAUCUUGGGCAUCGGUUGUCUGCUGCAGGCCUAGAGCCUGAAGCAACCAAGAUUGAGGCCGUACGCGAUUGGCCUCAACCUGCGAACAUUCGCGAAUUGCGUUCUUUCCUUGGUCUCGCGUCGUAUUAUCGGAAGUUUUUUGCGUGGAACGUCCUGUUCAAGUGCAAACUCUUCCGCGGAGACACAAACCAGAUUACCGGCCCGAAUGGGACAUGGCACGCGACGUCUGUUGGCUUGCUGCUGCAUGCGGACUUGAGCCUUUUGCAUGCUCGCGCGAGCUUGAGCCAGCAAUUCCCUGUACCUCCGGACGGAAGUGGGAGAGCAAGCGGUGUCGAUGUCGGCUGGUCGUGGGAGGAGAAGGUCGGCGAAGAUAUGGCCUUUCCGUCCACCGUGGUGCAACUUGAAUGGAGUCACGCUGAUCGCCGGGUGCACCGAAGUGUUGUAGGCGAACUCGAUGUCGGGGAGGCGGUCAACCCAAUCUUUCUGGUCCGGACGGAUGAGCGUACCAAGCAUCAUUUAAGCGGUUUGAUGUGCCCGCUCCGUUUGCCCGUCCAUCUGUGGAUGCCGAGCCGAACUUGGUUUCAUCUUCGUGCUGGACUCAUGCAUGAGAGCAGUCCAAAAUGCCGACAUGAAGCGAGUGUCGCGGUCGCUAACUAUGUCUUCAGGUACACCGUGGCCGCAAAUCCAGCCGGUGCGCAAGAGGCGUGCCAGCUCGGGAGCCGUGGAGUAGUACUUGCAAGGGAGAAAACGCGCGUACUUACUCAAACGGUCCACGACCGUGAGGAUGCCGUCGUGCCCGAGGCGAUCGCGGGGGAAUGGUUCGGUGACAUCCAUGGCAAUGGAGAGGCCGGGUUCCCGUGGGAUAGGCAUCAGGCGCAACUCGCCGUAGGGGUUGCGAUUGCGGGGCUUGCUUCGUCGACAAACUUCGCAAGAGUCGCAAUACCGAGUGACAGCGGUAACGAGGUCGGGCCAUCGGAAUCGUUGUCGAAACCGUGCAAUAAUGCGGUUGACUCCGAAAUGGCCGGCGAGUCGCGAGUCAUGGUACUCCCUGAGAAGGCGAGUCCGAAGACGACGGUCUCGUGGGACACACAAUAAGUCCUUGCCUCUCGAGUGGAGGAGCAAGUACCCGUCGGCAACGCGAUAGUGGCUGGCUGGCGGGUGAUCCGAAGAUAGCUGCGCAUACAACGUG